GCUGUGUGGGAACUUGCUAGUUUGAACUGCUUCUUUUCUCUUGGUGGCAAGAACUAAGCUGACAACUGGAGGGAGGUGGUUCCUGCUGAGUGUCAAGCUCAGCUGUGUAAAAGCUGCCUGUCCUUCCACCAGAUCCCAGGUCCUUCCGGGUGAUACCCUGAGCUGCCAGCAGAGGCUGCUGUGAUUACGCAUGGGAAAGGCAGCUCAGGCUGACCCUGUCCAUCCAGUCCUUUCCCUCCAUACUAGCUUGCCUCUACAUACCGCCUCAACGUUUUUGAGGGAACUCCUGGUGUUGUUUAUAAUGACCCAAAGUGCUCUUAGGAGGCUUACAUCCCUCGGAAAUAACAUGUCCUCACUUCCCUCCUGACAGUGAGACUCUCAUUUGCAGAGGUUAUGGUCCCAGCAAGGGAGGGGCAUCUACUCUCUUCUGUCCCAGAGCCUAGAGCCACUAGCUAACAGCUCUGCCCACCUGCCUCCGGGGUUACUAGGCACUUGCUGUGCAUGACUGCAUUUUAACCGGAAGCAGUCUGUAGAAUUUAAUGCUUUUUAUUUGUUCGUUUUUGUUAUGUUUUUGUUUUUGGGUUUUUUUUCAAGACAGUUUUCUCUGUGUAGCUCUGGCUAGGACUCACUCUAUAGACCAGAGAUCAGACAUGCAGAUCUCUGUUGAACCUUGAACUCAACAGAGAUCUGCAUGUCUCCUGAGUAUACUGGGAUUAAAGGGAUGUAGGACCACUGUCUAGCUGUGCUUUUUAUUUUUUAGGGCAGGGUAUCACCUAGGGUGACCUUAGUCCACUAUGUAGCUAGUUGGCCUUGAACUCACAGCACUGUUGAGUGUUGGUAUUAGCAAUAUAAAUGCCCACGCCCCAUGUACCUUCAUAGGGAAGAAACUCGGGAUAAGGUCCUAAGGCCACACAACUUGGAUUGGAUCAUUGUACAGAUGUGAACAACAAAUCUCAAACUCCUCCGUCUUCUCACUGACUGCAUAGAACAGAGCCUGGCUCUCCAAGUCAGGCCUCCCUCUUAGGGCCCAGGGACAGCUAACUGCUCACUGCUGAGGUGGACGCUGGAUCUGGGAACUGGGUUGGAGCGUAAAACUGCUAAGAGGUCUUUUUUUUUUUGUUGUUAGUAUGUGUUACACAGGGGAAGGAGUGUACAUCAAAACUGCCUUCUCAGGUAAUUUAGCAUCAUUACCGAGCCUAUGCCUGGUCUAAAUGACCAAACUUAGUAGUUAGUGACCAUUGGCAGUCAAAGUUUAGGCAUAAGAGCAAGCUAUGUAGGUGGAAGUAAUAUCUUGAGCCAGACCACAGGACAGAAAAUUGGAACAGAAUUACAUAAAGCAAGAUCAGAAAUUUCCUGUCCAGCCCACAGGGUGGAGUUAGUCCACUCCUCUCCAUCACCCUGGAUAUAAGCCUGCCUGGACGUCAGGAGCAGAAAAGAGCUAUUGGGACUGAUGCAGCUCACCACCAGCCAUGAAUCUCAAGGUGCUCCUGGUACUCCUGGUGAUGUCUUUUGUUACUGUCUUUGCUCUGGCCUAUGUCUUGCUGACCAGGCAAGGCAGUUCCAGCCAGUCUCCUCUGUGCUCUUCAGUACCUCCCAGAAUUCAUGCCUGGACACACCCUGGCCAGAGCCAGCUGUUUGCAGACCUGAGCCCUGAGGAGCUGACAGCUGUGAUGAGCUUUCUGACCAAGCACCUGGGGCCAGGGCUGGUGGAUGCAGCCCAGGCUCGCCCCUCGGACAACUGUGUCUUCUCAGUAGAGUUGCAGCUGCCUGCCAAGGCUGCAGCCCUGGCCCACCUGGACAGAGGGGGGCCCCCACCUGUGCGGGAGGCACUGGCCAUCAUCUUCUUUGGUGGACAACCCAAGCCUAAUGUGAGUGAGCUGGUGGUGGGGCCCCUGCCUCACCCCUCCUAUGUGCGGGAUGUGACUGUGGAGCGCCAUGGCGGCCCCCUGCCCUAUUACCGGCGUCCCAUGAUGAAAGCUGAGUUUGUUCAGAUAUGGAGGCAUUUGAAAGAGGUGGAGCUACCAAAGGCACCCACCUUUCUGGUUUCUGUCUUGAAUUACAAUGGCUCCACCUUAGUACCUCUGCAUUCUACUGCUAAUGGCUUCCAUGCAGGCGACCGGGCUACCUGGAUAGCCCUCUACCACAACAUCUCAGGUCUUGGAGUGUUCCUUCACCCUGUGGGGCUGGAGCUACUGUUGGACCACGGGGCCCUGGACCCUGCCCACUGGGCAGUCCAACAGGUCUUCUACCUUGGGCAUUACUAUUCAGACUUGGCCCAGUUGGAAUGGGAGUUUAAAGCUGGCCGCCUAGAAGUGAUUCAGGUCCCUCUACCCACACCAAAUGGGCCUUCCUCCCUGAGGCCUAGAGUCACUCCAGACCCUCCCCUUCCCCCGCUUCAGUUCUCACUCCAGGGUCCCCAGUACAACAUAGAGGGAAGCUCAGUGAUAUCUCCCCUCUGGACGUUUACCUUUGGUCAUGGGGUGUUCAGUGGCUUAAGAAUUUUUGAUAUUCGGUUCAAGGGUGAGCGUGUGGCUUAUGAAGUCAGUGUCCAGGAGUGUCUGACAGUUUAUGGUGCUGAUUCCCCCAAAACAAUGACGAUCCGGUACUUGGACAGCAGCUACGGGCUUGGUCAAAACAGCCGAGCCUUGGUUCGGGGGGUGGACUGCCCCUAUCAAGCCACAAUGGUGGAUAUCCAUGUACUGAUGGGCACGGGAUCAGUCCGGCUGCUCCCAGGGGCUGUGUGUAUAUUUGAGGAGGCCCAGGGGCUACCCCUCCGAAGGCAUCACAGUGGCAUCGGGGGCCAUUUCUAUGGUGGUUUGGCCAGCUCUAGCCUUGUGGUCAGGUCGGUGUCAUCAGUGGGCAACUAUGAUUACAUUUGGGACUUUGUACUGUACCCAAAUGGGGCACUUGAAGCCCGUGUCCAUGCCACAGGCUAUAUCAACACAGCUUUCCUGAGUGGAGGAGCUGAAAGUCUCCUCUUUGGGAACCGUGUGGGAGAAAGAGUGCUGGGAGCGGUGCACACGCAUGCUUUCCACUUCAAACUGGACCUGGAUGUGGCAGGUUUGAAAAACUGGGUGGUAGCUGAAGAUGCGGUCUUUAAGCCUGUAGCAGCCCCCUGGAACCCAGAGCUCCAGCUCCAGCGCCCACAACUGACCAGGCAGGUCCUGAGCAGGGAGGACCUGGCUGCGUUUCCCUGGGGGAGCCCUCUUCCUCGAUACCUUUACCUGGCUACCAACCAGACCAAUGCCUGGGGUCACCAGCGAGGGUACCGAAUCCAAAUCCACAGCCCUCCUGGUGUGCAUGUGCCUCUGGAGAGCGACAUGGAGAGGGCUCUCAGCUGGGGGAGGUACCAGCUUGUGGUGACGCAGAGGAAAGAGACAGAACCCCACAGCAGCAGCAUCUAUUACCAGAAUGACAUGCGGACCCCCACUAUGGUGUUUGCUGACUUCAUCAACAACGAGACCCUCUUAGGAGAGGAUCUGGUGGCUUGGGUGACAGCCAGUUUCCUGCACAUCCCGCAUGCUGAGGACAUCCCCAACACAGUGACUGUGGGAAACAGAGUGGGCUUCUUGCUCCGACCCUACAAUUUCUUCAAUGAAGACCCCUCUAUCUUCUCCCCUGGCAGCGUGUACUUUGAGAGGAACCAGGAUGCGGGGGUCUGCAGCAUCAACCCUGUGGCCUGUACCCAGCAGCUGGCAAGCUGUGUCCCCAACCUGCCCUCCUUUUCCUAUGAAGGCUUAUAGGCCUGAGGCUGUGGUGAAACCGCAGGAUAGGAGGAUGGGAUGCACACACUCCACUGUUCUGUUCCUGUGUCUUUAUUACCUGCCCCCCAGGUUCCCAUCCUCUGUUCCUUAGAAAGCAGUCUUUCUGCACUAAAGACCUGGGUAUCCCCUAUGGGUUGAUUCUUGCUUCCUGCCUGUCGUUUGUAUUUGUUUCUAUUUGAGACAGGGUCUUUCUGUGUGGCCCUGGCUGUCCUGGAACUUGCUGUGAGGACAAGACUGGCUUCAACUCACAGAGAUCUGCCUGCGUCUACCUCCAGACUACUGGGAUUAAAGAUAUACACCACUACCCCCUGGCUUCUGCUAGCGAUUGAAAUGAUUUAUAAAAAAUAUCUUGGAAUACACAAACACAAGUUCUGUCAUUUCAAAACUCACCGGUGUUCAUUUCAAACCAGGGUUCUUACAUGUGUGUACCUAAAAGGAAUGGUUUUUAUGUAUAAAUUGAUAAUAAAAUGAU